UCUCAUGAUCCACCCAGCGCAAAUCAACCAACCCAACCCCUACCCUCAUCUCAUAGUUCGAAUCAACAUCACCCACCGCAAACGUACAUAAGGACCCGUUUUUCUCUGAUAUUGACGCCUCAAUCUCUUUCAUUGCUGCCGGAUCUGCCAAGUACCUUGGCCACGUCCAACUUGCAUCAUGGCCAAAGGUGGCGGAUACGAUCAUACGAGUUCCACGUCAUAUUGUUACAAUGAGAAAAUGCAACUCAUCCAAUGCCCUGGUCAGAAGUUGGCCGGCAUCAUUGCCGGAGCAACCAUCGGAGGACUUCUUCUAAUCAUCGUCGUUUGGGUCCUCAUCAAAGAUUUUGCGGAACGGCGGGCCAAGAAGGCCAAGAAUAAAGAAAUGAAGGACUGCGAAGAUCCUUACCCCUCUUACCGCGAGCCUCCGACUCCUUGGUAUCGAAGGAUUUUGCCCAAAGCCAUGUUCAGAUACAAUCGAGUCGCGAAUCCCGCGAUUGAUCCAGGACCCUAUCUGCCUCCCAAGGAGAUUUCCAAGGAGCCUCUUGAACCAACAGAUGGCCAAGACAAUGAAGACUCUAAGUCUAAUUACUCAGCAACAUCUGAAAGCCUUGAAGGGCCAAGUCUCUACUCCGUUCCCUACGAUUAUCCUGCGUAUCACGCACCCAGCUCUGCUCCAGUCACUGAACCCUCAAUUCCCCCUGUCCCUCAAUAUCCAAUGCCGAUUUCAGUGCCUCCGCCUCCCUACAUGCCAAACACACGAGGAUAAGCCUCUAGGCAGUAACAUGGAUUAAGCUAUCCUCCCAUGUUUCACCUAGGAGCGUGAUGCGGAUGAAAUUGCGGGGCCGCAUGGAUACCGGUG